AUGUCGCCGCCGUUUUUCCAAUUACCGUCAGAGCUCAAACUCUACAUCUACGAACUGGUCCUUGACGACUCAAGGGGCAUAGAACUUUCGAAGGACACCAAGGUCCCUGAACCGCCUGUCGCCCUCGCUUGUCGGUCUUUCCGCGCAGAGAUACUUCCAUUCUUCUAUCGCGGGUCAACAUUCCGCGUGGCGUCGAUCCCGCUUCUUCGCACUUUUUUGGAGCAGCUGGGCCCCGAAAGAGCAGCACGGCUGACAGAUCUGAGGUUGAAAAGAAGUUUCUGGAGCUGGGACCGGCGAUGGCCCUGCAUAGAAGGAGUGGUGUUGCCUGAGGGAGCUUUGAAGAUUGAGAUAUACGACAGUGGAGUGCAGGAGUGGGUAUGGAUGGACAGGCCUCAGUUUGAGAAGUUCUGGGCUGGGCUGGUGAACUACCAUGUCAUGUGA